UCGUGAUGCAUUAUGGUUCAGCACCAAAUUUGAAAAGAAAAUGGCUGCAAUGGAGGACGAAACACCUGCCAGUCCUCUGACCAGAUUUCAGAGAGAUGUUCCAAUAAGACAGUCAAAACUUAACUCAGGUCCAUUCAGAGCUACACAAAUUUGGAAUGAGGUAAUUGACCAUCUUAAAGAAAAGGUUGAGUUGAAGAAAAGACGCUACAAGUUACGAAACUAUGAAGACUGUUUUACCGGCACAGACGCUGUUGAUGUUGUUCUGCACUAUUUACUUAGUGACCAGGAUACAUUCUGCAAUCUGUCAAGAGAGAAAGCUGUCAAGUUAUGUCAAACUUUGAUGGAUAAAAAGGUAUUCUCACCUGUUGGUAGCAAGUCAGCUGAGAACAGCAAACAUACUUUUGAAGACAGCAGUGGUAAGAUAUACCAUUUUAGUGGUGUCCAUAGCAACAAAGAGAAUGUAGCUCCAGGAACUGAUGUUAGUGACUCUGAGGAAGAGAUGGAAGGUCGUGAUGAUGCAGGUGAAACUAUCAUAGAAGAAGGAGAGUCAAUGAACACACCACAAAAACAAACAAGGUUAACAGGACUUACAGAUUCACAUUUACCAGGGAGCUAUGUGAAAUGUAACCCCAUGAUGUCUGACCUGACCGAAGAUGAGGGGGAGCCAGCCAUGCUGGGAUCCAGGAAAAGAAAAAAUCUUGAUAACUCACAGAGAGUACAUAAACGUGCCAAACUUAACACAACACCAGCAUCAUCUUCUACAGAAUCUCUUAAUGAGGAAACCCUUACAGAUGAACAAAUCAAUGACAUCUGGAGGGAGGUAGCACUGUGCCAACUUCUGACUAUUGUGGAUCUCUCAUUCUUGGAUGGUGUUUUAUGUGAUGAUAAAGAUAAAAUAAAUAGAAAAGUUGUACGUCCAAACAAUCAUGGUGUUGUAUCGAACAUUGUAGCUAAACACUGGAGUUUAAGGUGUACUGCCCGCAGUGCCUCACACACUGAUCCGUUCAUGAAAUCUGCCUUGGAAUGCAUCGCACAUAUACCACGAGGCAUCUCAAAGUUUGACACAGACUUUACUAAAUCGAGUGACCCAGUGACAAAGUUACAAGCGUAUAAUAUGAUCUGUGAACAUUAUAACAUGCGUCCCGAUGCUAUUUUCCCGGAACGCUUCUUAGACCUUAACUUGGCGAUAAUGAAACUGAUUUUAUCUGAGAGGAACACAACAGCCUUAAACGCCAUGCAGUUGAAUAUGAUGUUAUUGCCUAUCAGACAGAAAGAAGAAUUGAAGAGGUUGUUGAAGUUCUUGUCGGUAGCAACACAAGAUAAGGACAUUCAGCUUGAUCAGCAGAUGAACAAUGAGCAAGCAGUGUUACAUCAUUUUUCCGAGGUUGUGUUGAAACACAAAGGUCUACCAUGGGAUCUUUCUUCUGUAGUAGUAAGGUUCCUGGUCCUAAAUGCUGGUCAGGUCUUCAAAAUACCACAUGGCUUAAAGGAAAGAGUGGACACAAGAAUUGCAGAGAUAAAAGAGGGGAUGGUGCCUGUUGUUGAAGAAACCGUAUUUUGUAGCCAGGUCUCACAAACAGAGUACAAGAAACAGACCGAGGAGUGUACAAACAGCAGUCUAGUUCAGAUGAUGAAUACCAUUAUAGACAAUCCUAAAAUGGCGUUAAAAGAGAAGAAACAGCGAUUACAAAAGUUCCGCAAAUACCAUCCGAAUAUCUACGCCAAACAUUUCACAGGAAUGGUUUAAACAAAGCCGGUGGAAAACCAUCUCAUGUCAUAAUGGUGCUAAAAUUUUUGAAUUUUUUUUUUAUACAAGAUAUUUUGUUGAAUGUGUUAGAUUGUUUGUUUGUUAGUUGAGUAUUUGUUCGUCUGAAUAUGACAGUGCAAGUCAUGUGAUUAUAAACAUUUUGUUAGUGCUGACGAUAUUGAGACUCGGAGGAGUUUCAACAAGUUUUUAUGAAAUAUAUUUUUGUUGUUACAAAUUUGAUUUUGAGACUAUAUCAUAUUCUAUUGACUUUUGUGAUCUAAAGUAAGGAGUUCAGGUUGUUGAAUUGAACUGUUAAAUUUUGAAUGCAUAAUAAUCAGCUUAGUAAUUGAUCAGCAGGGAUAAAUUUAUUUUACCAAUGAAUCGUGCCACAAUUAAUUUGUUGAUUUUUUUAUUCUCAUAUUUUUCUCGUUCAUGACAAGCAUUUUUUUUUUGUUCAAUCACUUCAUUUUUGUAUCACAAGACUGACUUGACAAUUUUGUUCAAUGUUUCAUUCAAGUUCACUUUAUUCAUAGAUCCAAGUAUAAAGCAAACUUGGAGUAUUCUGUCUCAAUAAGGAUCUCAAAAGUGGAUUGUGGAUCUCGAAAGUGUAACUGUGGAUCUCAAAUGUGGAUCUUUGUUUUUGAAUCUCUUUAUCUAUAAUAUACAAGAUAGUAUACAAUCAUACAAUACAAGGAAAUAUACAAGCAUAAUCAUUAUCAUUAGAAACAAUUUGUUUUUCUAUGAUAUUUUAAUUGGGUUUGAUCUCAGAUAGGCCAGUAUUAAUGAUCCUUAACAUAUCAAAAGGGUUGGCCCAAAAGUAGCUAGAAUUGUUAAUCUCUAAACUUAGCCUAUAGUUUUGUAUACACUUGUAGCCAUAGAUAUUAUCAUUGAGCCAUCUGCUAUUGCUGCUAAGAUAAUUUGAUUUAUUGUUCUAAUGAAACAGUGGUAGUGUACCAAAUCAUUUAUCAAGUUUUGUUGUAAAAUAAUGUUAUAAUAGUGCAAUAAAAUUGUACAUAUUAAUUGUAUAUAAUAUAUAAUAAUUGUUAAUAUUAUAACAUGUGAUAAAGAACUUGAAAUUUA